AUGAGCGACUCUGAUGUGGACCCCAAGGCCUGGCCAGAUAUAUUGAGUCCCACGCUGUCCGCCAUCCCCCAAGAGCCUCAGAGGAUAUCGACUGCCUGCCUAUCGCACUACUUGGACAUCUAUCAAGCACGCGGAUACGGUAUAUGGCCGGUUGUCGAUGCUGAAGCACUUACUGCACGGCUUUUGACUCAUCCCGACGACUUGGAAGCCUACGCACUAGCCACCGCGAUAUGUGCUGCCAUAGUGAGCCAGUUCUCUAUAGAUGCUGACCCAGGGAGUCCACUCGAGGGUCACUAUCGCGUCCCGAGCAACACGUUUGAAUCGGAAGCGAAGAAAGCGAGGAACGAUUCUGAUCACCUGGAGAAUGUCACCAUAUUCUCUUUGCUAAGCAGCUUCUUCCUACACGUCUACUCAGCAAACGUUGGGAGAAUGAACGCUUCCACAGUCCUCCUCGGGGAGGCUAUCUUCAAGGCACACAUCAUAGGGUUACAUAAGCCGACGCACUACGAGCUUAUGACCAUCGAGCAAACACAGUACGCUCUGAGGGUCUACUGGCUCCUCUUCAUCACGGAGCGAGCACACUCCCUGCAACACGAUGUGCCAACGACGUUGAAGCGAGCCCCUAGCCUUCCUAGAUUGGAAGACUUACAUGAUGGAUCGGUUACACCUGCGUUCGUCCAGCUUUGUCGGCUUUUUAACAUCCUCGAUGUUACCAUAACAGCAGAACCUGCAGCUGCACGCCAUGCUCUUGCUUUAGCUCAGCAACAGCUGAGCAGCGACGAAGAUCCUCGCAGUCUCGAGAACGAGCUUCAGCGCGCAGAUAUCACUAUGACUCAGCAAUGGAUGCGUAUCUUCUUGUGGCAACAUGCUCUCAAUGUAACCAACUUGAGCAGCCGCGCCAGUCAAGAUGAGGAGUUCUCUUUCCGCUUUCCUGCCAAAGUAGCUCAAAACGUUCUCAGUAAUCUAAGUAGCCUCUCGCGGGAAAGCGUCGAGGCGCAUGGUCCAGGCAUGGAGUCCAAGCUCUUCGACGUUGCAAAUUCACUUGCCGACGUCAUGAUGAUUAUGCCUUCGCUCAAUCACGAAUCUCACUUUAGUGUUAGCCCUAGAGAUCUUAUUCACUCACUAGCGCAAGUGCUCGCUUCCUUUCGUGGCGGCAACCCCGCUGUCAUUAGCAUACUACAGGACAAGCUCACUAUGCUUGGGCUCUCUGCCGGGUCGCCACAAAAGUUGCUUGAGCUUUCCUCGCCCGAAGAGGAGCAUGAUGAAUGGCAUGGCAGAACGAUGUCCGCCCCUUCCACGUACCCAUCCUCGGCCGCCGACCCAUCGAUGCCGCCACCACUUCAAUCGAGCAUGAGUAUGGAUGCAACGUAUUGA